ACUGACGGGAUACCGACCCUCCGGUGUUGCGCUAGAAUACGUUUCCUCGUCGUAAUAUUACACAAAUUCCUAUUUAUACAGUCUAUGGUCAGACAAGGGAAUGGCUUUGCUUUGCUUUGGUUUAAUUUCUUUGUUGAAAACAAUUAUUUUAUAUUAUAUUUUAUUUAUUUAGGCAUCAGUUUGAGAAAAUCUACGUAGGACAAUACCUUAUGUUACCUUGACCAAUUGUCUAAUAAAUUGUAGGAACUUGAAUAAAUGUAUUUUUUACAUUUACCCUGCAUACAUUAUCUCCAACAGGGAUGAAGUGGCACUGUGCUGACUGUGACAUACCAGUAGGUGGCGGCAGGGAGGCCUCGUCUGGUUGGAGGUCGACUUUAAAGCAGCAGAAGAAGAUGAAGGAGAAGAAGCAGCAGUAGUCGGAUCCCGAGCGUCGGACUCAUCACAUCGUUUCAUAUCCAGGCAGUUCCGCUGAAUAAGUGACGCUACACAGUAAUGCAAUGGUUACACCGUCCAUCCGCUCUUUCCCAGUAGGCACGCAGGAGUUGCAAUGAAGGCAGGGGCCUCGUCCAUGUGGGCUUCAUGCUGUGGUCUGCUGAAUGAAGUCAUGGGUACUGGGGCCGUCAGAGGCCAGCAGCCCGGGUUUGGGGCCGGUGCUGGGCCCUUCAGAUUCGCCCCCAGUGCAGGAUACUCUACGUACCCACCAACCAGCUCAGGGAGUCCCAGCCUUGUAUGCAAGGCCUGUGGCCAGGCCUUCUCCGUCUUCAGGAGGAAGUAUAUUUGCUGCGACUGCAAGAAGAGCUUCUGCUCUCUGUGCUCCGUGCUUCAGGAGAAUCUACGCAUUUGUGCCACGUGUCACUUGCUGAAGGCCACGGCCUUUCAGCGGCCCCGGCUGAUGCGUCUGCGUGUGAAGGACCUGCGUCAGUACUUGCUGCUGCGUAACAUCCCCACUGACACCUGCAGGGAAAAGGAAGACCUGGUGGACUUGGUUCUCUGUCACCAAGGCAUCGAGGAGGAGGAGGACCCCGACAUGGCCAGCCUCCACUCGCGUUCCCUGUUCACGCCUACCCCCUCCACCACACAGUCUGCCUCGGAGCUGUCCGCUUUCGCUGCCUCUCACGAGGAGCCUCUCAGCAGGAGCGAUAGCUCUGAUACAAACCAGGAUAUAGGUGAUGCCACAUCAGUGUCUCUCCUCAACCUGGACCCCAGUGAACACACUCCCGAGGUGAGUCCUCAGACGCGGCGGCGGGCGAGAGCAUCCCUCUCGGACAUCUCCAGUUUGAGGGACAUCGAAGGGCUGUCUGUGAGGCAGCUGAAGGAGAUCCUCGCCAGAAACUUUGUUAACUAUUCAGGGUGCUGUGAGAAGUGGGAACUGGUGGAGCGUGUUGGCAGACUGUACAGAGAGACCGAGGAGAACAGGAAAUCAUUGGAAAAUGUGAGCAGUACUGUAACCACAGUGAUGGCCUUUCCCCCUCCUAUCUGCAAUGGUGCCAUCAGAGGUAAGGCUGAUGGUGAGAACUGUCCGCUGACUAUUCACGACGACAACCUCUGCAGGAUCUGCAUGGACGCCGUGAUCGACUGCGUCCUCCUGGAGUGCGGUCACAUGGUGACCUGCACCAAGUGCGGCAAGAGGAUGAACGAGUGCCCGAUCUGCAGGCAGUACGUCGUGAGAGCCGUGCACGUCUUCAAGUCCUAAUGCGCCGCCGCGCCUGCAUCACACUUAGACUGUAACCUUAACUCAACAAUGCAGCUCAUAACCUUCGAAUCCCCAAAAGACUCAUUUUGUGGAUGUUUGUAUUCCCUCGAUUCUCACAGUAUUUGCACAUCUAAACAGAGUGUUUUUCCUUCAGAAUUUGACUAGAUGGUUUCUCCAGCGUGCAGAGCGUGAGGACGGGGACCCUCCUCUGAGUCAUUCCUCAAGUGAACAUAUCUCUCAUCCGUGUCCGUUCAGAUUUUCUUACAGUUUUUCAAAGCAAAGAAUGUGUGGCCCGAGCCACGUGCAGUCUCGUCAAACACAACACAUCACCCUCAGAUCUGCCUAUAAACCGUAGCUGGCGCUCGGCUCCGCUGGGUAUUUCUUAAGAGCACCUUUCUUUACCAAUUGCUGCAAGUGACUACAUAUCUUAGUAACGACGAGGGCAGACUCACACUGAACCUCAGCAAAGGACAUGGGAGGUGAGUGAAGCAGGUGCCAAAUAAUGGCUCAUGCCGUUUAAGCUUCUCAUCCGUUUUCCUUACCCUCAGCUGUUUGGGGGGGUCUUUGUGUGGCUAUUGGUUCUUUAGCAUGUUAGACCUGAAUCACUUAGUUUACACUGUGUGUGGACGCAUCGCCGCUCGCAACCCACUACGACCAAUAACAGUGGUUGAGGUGAUGUGUACAAACUCUUAAAUGUUUGCCUGAGAUUUGAAUAUCAUGACCUUUCUUUAAGUCAGAGGUAAAUAUCCUUCUCGCAGCAGACAUUUUGGCUCGUGAUAGCAGGAGCAUAUUCAAAUAACGUCAUCUCCAUUCCUUCCAGGUGAGCAGACAGACCAUUAGGCCGUAUCUUGUCUGUCUUGCUAGCAUGGCUCACUGGAGCCCUCGUUCACACAAGGGUUUUCUGCUGCACGUCAACGUGUUUGCUGUCGAAAAGGCCGCUCAGAAAUCUUUGAGCUCGUGGCACUGAAACCACAAAUGAGACGAUUAUAAAGUGGAUGCAUAGUUAUUAAUUCUAGUCACCUGUUUUAUUAAAUAAGCGCUUGUUAUACUACGUUGCACACGUGAAGAGCCUGUCAUUACAGCAAUAGCUGACCUCGGCCGUCACCUCUGUCACGUCUCGAAACUUAAACGGAGACAAAAGACAAAAAAACGAAACAAAAAAAAAUUAACGGUGCUAACUCAUUCACCCAUCUUCCCUGUUCUCCAGCUCAACUGUGGAUGUGAAACUGAAUGAUUUUAGUUCUCGUAUAUUGUCGGGAGUGGAAUGAAGUGUCUUAAUGCAUUUUAGUUAAUUUUCUCAUAUAAUGUAUUGAACUAAUUAUUCUGAGAUAUAGCUACAAGUUUACUGACACCUGUGGUAUAGAAAGUAUAUAGAAAUAAUGACUUGCUGUACAUUUGCAUAUAUUGAUCAUAUGAGAUGUAUAUAUCUAUAUAUUUUUUUCCAUUUGAUUUAAACUGUGUAAAAAAAAAAAGAAAAGUUGAGGUUAGUUUACUAUAACAGGGUUAACGUUCUUCCUGUCAAGUGGUUUCCAAGUGUGUCUAAUCUGCGUUAGUUUGCUCGAAGUCUUUAGUCCCUUUUAAACCAGAGCAUGAAAAGAAGCUUUAUGACACUGGUUAUGUUACGUCCCCCUCCUCAUUUCUCCACCACCUAGACAUCAAAUGCUCUGCUUUUCCCCCCUGAAUCCCUCUCUCAUUUAGAAGUAUCACGCUCUGUACUGGACCCAUACAAUCCCGAGCAGUAGCAGAGCAGGUUGCACUUUUCCUUUAGUGAGGGUGCCGUGUGCAAGGUUUGGUCUUUGUAUUUGGGAAUGUUGAACUUUUUAUUUUGGUAAUUAAAGAUUUUAAUUAA